AUGUUAGGAAAAACUUUACCUUACGAAGAAGAUGUCGUCGUGCCCCCUAUCAUCCGGAGCCCCAAAGUCCCUGCCAACAAAAGGAACAAGGAGGACGUCUAUUCCAUGGUUGAUCUGGGUGCCGGAGCGGAUGUCCAGGAUUACAGUGUCGACGGAAGGGAUUUUUUAAAGCAACACUCGGGAAAUGGCAAAGAGCAAAACCAAGACAUGGCUUGGUUGAAUAUUGGAAUGGUGCAAGUAGAGGAGGGAGUUUAUUCUAGAUCAUCUUCUAUCGGUAAUAAGACGUAUCGAUCAAUUCGCGUUAAGGAUGAUACUGGUGGUGACGAUGAUUGGGUUUAUGGUGUUUGGUGUACCGGAGAGAGGGAACUUUAUGACCUUAGAUCCGACUCCUACCAACUUCACAGCCUCGCUUGUCAACGUCGAUCCCAAAUCAUUCACGUUCUCAUCCCCAUAUACUACCCGCAAUCGCAUCCCGUCUAG